AUGACUACAAUAUAUGAAGCGAUCUUCAAGAACGUGUUUAUCAAACCUUCAAACACCACGUUGAACAUCUCAAAAGCGACUUGUGGAGUAUAUAAACUUUUUAAUAAAGGAAAUGUUGAUCGUGCAAUCAAUGAAUCGCGAAUGUUAAAGGUUCCGGUAUACAUACCCCGAAUUCCUGAUACCUUACAACAUUAUUCCCAAUGUUACUCAAAUCGGAUAUCACAUUGUCAAAAAGCUUUGAAAGCUUUGCAUUCUAAUUCUAUCUUUGAGCCAGUUUGCAACUGUGACGAUUUCAAACUUCAUCGUAGGUAUGUUAAUAAAGAAGACGAAUGGGAACCCAAUCAAUAUUCGAUCAACGAUUACAAGGUUUAUCAGGACUCUUGCUUAGACUUUAGGAAUUUUAUUUACAAUCAUCCUUGUCUGUACAUGAAGUCAAAAAGGAUUAGUCAUGAUAGGUUAUUAUCUGCCAAAGAUCUUUCUUGCACGGUAGCCUACGAAGCCUGUUUCCAGAAAGCUUCUUGCAAAAGCUUAUUCUUCGAUUAUCAGUAUAACUGUAGAAUGUUGGAUUCCGCUAUUUGUGAAAUGGAAAGCAGCCAGGAUUGUUGGUAUUCUUGGCUCGAAAUCAAAUCAACUACGCUAUAUAACUGCACGUGUAUCGGCAAUUUGGACAUCGCUUGCGACAAAAUAAAUAAAUUGUUGCACGCUAAUCCAUGUAUAAAAAGGCUACAAAAUAUAAUGAAUUUCAAUAAAUCGUCACUGUUAAAUUCGAUUAUGGUACACUCAGCCAACUUAUCUCACCCAAUUUCUUUAUUUUCUCCGAUAUCCUUUGACGAUAUUUUAACGAGUUAUUUUAUGAAUACCGACUUUAUCCCCGGUAAUUAUUCCACGUUAUCAAAUGCAACCUUUUUAUUACGAAAAGCCUUUAGAAAUCAGCAUAAUAUGUUUAGCCAAAACGUGUCAGAUUCCGUUUUAAUAGAUAAAUUAAGAAGGCAGGAAGAUAUCAUAUGGAUCUCAUACAUGAUAGCUUUGUACUUAAAAAAUUUGACUAUCAAUUUCAAAUGGCCUACGACUGAAUUUAAGGCUUCAAAUAUUUCUACAUCAUUUUUAUCCAGCGAUUCUAGAUUACUCAAGGCCAACACGCUAAUUCCAAAUUAUACUCUACCAUCCUACCCCGACAUGAAUGAUACUAUUUAUUAUGUUAAUGAUAAUCUGUCAUCCUAUAAUGGAACUAAUGUUAUUGAUAGUUUGGGCGAAUUUUCUUUGGAAUAUCCGUACUCGGGGUUUAACAAUGAUUCAAAGAUAAGGAUCAAGCACGCCACUACGACGAGAAACGCCAAUUUGAUUAAUUCCACUCAUAUAUCCUUGUUCGAAAAAUUGAUAAAUUUGACACUCAGCACGCGUUCCUAUUUAAAUGAGAUUUACGGGAAUGAUACGAUUAACGUUUGUUCAUCUUCAGCGUUAGGAAAAAAUAAAUUUGAUGUAUCAUGUAUGAUGCAUAACUAUUCUUAUAGAAAUCCCGUUUACUUUCACACUACACCCAUUCCGGAUGAAGACAUAAAAUGCAGCAGCGUAUUUCUAAAAUGCAAUACUGACUCUAAAUGUGUUACCGCAAUGUCGGACAUCAUAUCAGCUUGUGCUUAUUCCAAAAAUUUAGAAAAUUUGAAAGAAGAUGUUGAAAAUUAUGAGAAUAAAGUUCCCGCGAUUUUGAGACGAGCAUUGAAUGAGAAACAAGAUAUUACGAGGAAAAAUAGAAAUACUAGUGAUAAGAUACAAGACAGAAACAUUUUAAACAAGCCUUCUGUUGGAAACGAAGCCGGGAAAAUUAUUAGAAAGAAGUUAAAAAAUAAGGAUCCCAUCACCACUGAAAAGAUUACAGAUGGAAAAAUCGAGUCGGUUACAAAAAUUAAAUUGUCCACAAAAAAACGCCCUCUUUCGGCAUUACAAUGCGACAAAGUUGUGUGCAUGGGAGCUAUACGAAACUUUUAUCAACAAAUUGACCCUUAUUUUACUCAUCCCCUCGUAUUCUGCACGUGCGAAUCUAAUGAUGUAAAAUGUUUAAGAAUAAGGGAAGCCAUAUAUCCUCCAUGCGUGUCCGAUAAUAUAAAGAACAAAGCCGACAGUGAUAUGAAAGACGCGGACUCGGAAAAAAGUGGGGAAAGCAACGAGUUCGGAUUACCCUCAUGUCUUGAAGUCAAAAGAUUGUGCGAAUUCGACUUUUUUUGCAAAGAUAAUUUCGCAAAUUAUCGUCAAUAUUGCAAGAUGUCAAGCACCGAUGGUAAAUGUAAAGAAGAUUCAAGUAAAUGCCGAGAAGCGAGAGUAGGUUUAAUGGGCACCGAAUUAAUGGUUAAAAAUUGUACCUGUGAUUUGCCUUCCAUUAAUCUUGACGAAAGCAUCAAAUCGAGUUGCUUGGAUAUUUAUCAGAUUAUAUUCGAAAACACUUGCUUAGAAGAAGCAGCCUUAGAUUACGUGAAGAACCCCGUACAAACGACUAGCACUACAAUAAAAAUAACGACCACGACUGUCUCUUCUACUGCUAAUGUAGGCGUAAACGUUAGUGACAUUAAAAAUGUUCCAAGUUUAAGCGAUGUUUCAACCAAAAUGACAACCAUUUUUGAUAUAAAAGAAACUACUACUGCUAAGGCUAUAUCAGAUAUCGUCAUCAAUGAACCCUUGAAAAAAGAGAUAGAUUGCAGUCAAAUGCAUUCAGAAUGCAUCGCAGAUACCGAAUGCAAAACUAAAUUGAAUGAAAUGUUAUCGGAAUGUUCAACUAUCGGUUCAUGCGACCCCAAAAUUUGUAAAGAAAAGACGGCCACAUUUUAUCACCAAAUAGAUCCUUAUUUUACUUAUGCCAUGGCAUUUUGUCAUUGUUCACCUAAGGAUACCGCCUGCAACACUUUUAAGGAGGAAUUAGAUUUCAAAUGUGGUUUCAUAACAUCUAUUAAAAUCACUUGCACCCAAAUGUACGAGAGUUGUGCCAAUUCUUCCGCUUGCAAAAAACUAUUGGCUGAGUUGGAGGUCGGCUGCAAGGUUAAUCCAGAUAAGGGUCAGUGCAUGCAGGACGAGAGAUUAUGUCAAAAGACUUUAAUCAAAAUUAAAGGGAGCGACUUGAUGCUCAGAAAAUGUUCCUGCGAGGAAUACACUGGAACCGCAAAAAUUCGGUGUAUGGAUUAUUUUAGCGUUAUGGUUAAUAACUCAUGCAUAGAUCACACCGUAAAAUCCUAUCAUUUAAAUCCGAUAAAGACUACAAAAACAUUUCCAUUAGUAUUUCAAAGCCAAACCACUCCAUUCACGACUAAAUUAACUCAAGUUACUCAAGAAAUGAUACCUCAUAAUUGUUCACUCAAAAUUCACCCAGAUAGUGAAACUAUUUACAUUCCUGUUGACGCAAAAGUUCGGGUUUAUGCUCAAAAACGUGAUUGUUCCAAAUUGUGUCAUUGUGAGAGAGAAAAUUAUAUUCAAUGCAUCAUAAUCCCCUGCUUACCAGCUACACCCUGCAUAAGAAAAUUUGCAAUUUAUGGGCACGGUGCCCCUACAUAUGUAGCCUUUCGUGGAUAUUGUUUAUGUUUUAUGGGGAAAAUUUUAUGUGUUAAACCAGAUCCCGAUAAAUUCGCUUUUCAGCAAAAUGAUACAGGGUUAUUCAUCUCCGUCGGAUUUAGUAGUCAAGAAUUUUCUUUAUUGGAGAGAGUUACACAUGACAAUUAUGAUGAUUUAAUUCCGAGACUGCAAAAAAAUCUCGUAACAGGAUCUGGAAACCAUUAUAAUAAUACUCGUUGCCAUUUAGAAAUUUUCCAAAAGUUUACUGACAAUGUUGUUAUAGAGGCCAAACUAGCCAUGCAAAUAAAUUCCAAGGGACUACGAUAUAGAGAUAAAGACUGUUUAAAAUCAAUUGAAAGAUUGUCUGAACAAAUUAAUAAUCAAGACCUCAUUUUAAUGAAGGAUCCUUUGUUGUCUGUACUUAAGUUAUCAGAAGUAUUUAUGCGACUCCCGGAAGAUGAUAUAUCUCUAGCACAUACCACGUCUUGCGCUUCGGUGAGUUUUUUUCUGAGACAAACCUCGUGUAUAGGUUGA